AUGUUGGGUGAUAAGGAGCAAGUUGACAAGCAUGUACGUCACCUUCUUGCUAAGUGCUGCAGUUUAAGUGAACAAAAAGAUGAAAGUGACUCAGAGGUUUGCGUUAAACUCUUUAAACUGCUUCAUUCAUCGGGAUCAUCUUCAAAUGCGUUUACACAUUGUUUGCGUUGCAUUAAUGCAGGACAUCAUUUCGCCAUUGCCAGCUGGUUUCAUGAAUGCUUGAGUUUUUUAGAGAGCUUUUAUCUGGUUAGCACUCAUGAAAAUAUACCUGGACAGUCUUUGUCCUCGGUUCGUGCAGUGUGUUUGAUGGAGUUGAUUCGCGUCACAUCUCAAACUUCAUGUCUAUCUGACCUACGUGGUCUUCUUGCCAAAUUGGAAGUCAUAUCUCAUGAACUCAGUAAAUCUCAGUCUGGGGUUUUAAAUGCUCUAUACAAGUACACUGUAGUGUGGCUUGAUUUUUAUGGUGGCGUAUAUGUGCAGCGUCGUCUGCUAGAUUCAUCUGCUGAGACUUUAGAUAACUCCCAGUACUCCCUGGUAUAUCAGUUUUACAAACGCGUAGUUAUCAACCAACAGCCUCAGAUUUUCCAUGGGUCUUCAAAUCUUUCUGCCUUAGUAUGGUCUCAUCUUUAUCGGGAGAGUUUCUCACUUCGCAUUCAGGCAGGUCAUUUAGUGCAGUUGUUAACAUCCUUUCGGAACAAUAUGAGAUCUGAACAAUAUCAAACUGUCAACUUUCAGUUAUUAGCGUGGAAACAGCUGAUGGAUUGGGCUGAUGGCGGUCCAGUACCUGAUAGCAUCAAAUCCCAUACGUUUGAUUUUAACGCAGAUAAAAGCUACACUUUUGACAUCUUUGAUGCGAAGAAUUUUAUUCUGGAUUAUUUAUCCUCAGCUGAUUGUUUGAAUCUAAUAAUGUGGAUUUGUGCUCAACAACUUCCAACUGAGAAUUCAACCCUCGAGGACUUUACUCUGAGUAUUCCUAGAUUAGAUUUCGUCUACAAAUUGGUGACAAAACUUUUCCCAAAGUUGGAUUCCUAUUGUUCAUCACCUGUUUUUGGAUCAACUAUUGAGGGUCAGUCUAUUCCAAACACAAGUAUAGAUCAACUUUGUCAAAUUGAUAUUAUCAAUUUUUUGAUUACCUGCCUUCUUCACAUGUCUAUCAGAAGUCUUUCUAAACCUGAGUCAAAAUAUUCCAAAUCUCUAUGCUCGCAUUUAAUAGUUAAACCUGAAACAUCAGGUAUUGGGUUAGAUAUUCUUUUCCUACCUUUGUGUCUGAUUCCCGCUGCACAACUGUCCACUUCCACCCAACGUGCAUGGUGGUCUGCAUUUAUCAAGCAAGUAAUCGAGUCUGGCUCGCGCGGCACAAUAAAUGACAGUGACCGUGCUUGUUACGAUGCGGUUUAA